CGUUAUAGCCAAAUUCGUUCUGUUCUGUUCCAUUCAAGUCGUGUGUUUCGACAUGCGGUACCAGCAGCUGCCUUGGUGAAGAGAAAAAAUGUGACUGUGCUUUCAAAUGGGAAAUUAAAAAUCCGUAAAUUCACCGUAAAUACGAUCCAAAAUAGCAUGACUAUUACGUUAAUUUUUACAUCUUGAUAACCAGAACGCAACAUCAAAUAGUCAUUGUAAAGUGAAUCAACAACAUCUGAGUUUUUCCAAUUCGUAAAAAAGUGUAGUCUUUUGAGUGAAAAAAUUAGCAGGAAGAGAUAACAACAUGGCUGACCAGCAAGUCGUGAAUGUACCAGAACAGCAGCAGCCGCCCCAACAGCAAAACCAGCAACAACAGCAGCCGCAGCAGCAACCGGAACAACAACCUUCGGUUAACAACAAACCUGUCAUCGUCCAGCAGCCGAAAGUAGUGAUUGCGACCAAGGUAACCGGUGUGGUCAAAUGGUUCAACGUGAAGAGCGGAUAUGGAUUCAUCAACCGUAGUGACACAAAGGAGGAUGUCUUUGUGCACCAAUCUGCCAUUGCCCGUAACAACCCGAAGAAGGCGGUACGUUCCGUGGGUGAUGGAGAAUUUGUGGAGUUUGAUGUCGUCAUCGGAGAGAAGGGCAACGAAGCCGCAAAUGUGACCGGUCCCCAGGGAGAACCGGUGAAGGGCAGCCCAUAUGCCGCCGACAAACGACGCAGCUAUCGCCAGUGGUGGCAGAAGCGAGGAGGAAAACGUCUCCCAGGAUCGAAGGAUCAUAUUGAUGAAGAUAAUAUUCCGGAAGGACAGAUAGAAGUUCAGCAACAUCAACAGCAACCUCCCCAGCAUCAGCAAAUUAAACAACAGCAGCCGCCACAACAGCGCCGGUUCCGCCCACGUGGUAGAGGAGGGUAUUCGUACUCGUAUCGUCCUCCGCCGCGGGGACCUCGCCGUGAUGGCCCCCCACCAAUGCAAGAUAACGGUCCUAUGGAUCAGAACCAAAUAAUCGAAGGACAGAACGGUGGUCCUCGUCAAGGUGGUCGUGGAGGUGGUGGUCCGAGGCGUUUCUUCCGUCGUGACUACCGUGCCGGAGGACGCGGAAUGGGUGGAUCCGGUGGCCCACCAAGGCGCGGUGGAUACCGUGGAGAUUAUCAGCAGAAUGGCCCCGAACAACCACGUCGUAUGCCGCCUGGCCGGGGUGGUGGUCGUCCUCGCUAUCCUCGCCGUGGUGGAGUUCGAACUCAGAGGCCAAGAAACGACGCCGGAGCUGGUGGCAACAAUAACGCUGUUCAAAACACUACCACUGAAAGCUCUGCUUAAACAUCUGGGAGCAUCACACUUAAAAAAAAGGGCAGAGAAAAGGCGCGGAUUGGUUUUGUUUUCAACACCAUUUGUCUACAUACACUCUUCAACACCAACCAGAAGAACUUGAACCCGUUUAAAACAACACAGGUUCCCAACAUCUCUUGUAUGUACAUGUCUCUUUGAAGUAAGUCUCUUACGCGUGAAAAAAACAACCUAUAGAAUAUAGAGAAGUAUAAAAAUCUAUACUGUUUAAAUAUAAUUGUUCAAUUGACAACCAAAUUGAAUAUUGGAUCGUGUUAAACAAAAAACGGAAAAAUGUUUAAAUUUUGAAUCGAAUCGGAAAAGCAACUAACAAGAUAAAAACAAACAUUGCAACUAAUCAGAAAAAAGUAGCAGCAGCUCGUUUGAAAGAGAUGUGCACUAACUUUGCAGCACACCGGGUUAGGUUGAACUAGAGCGAAAAUUUCCGCUAGCAGAUCAAUUGCGUUCCAAUCAGCUCAACACAAUUCGGACGAUGGGUUCUUCAUUCAAACUAACAUCUUGUUAAUUAAAAUCUAAAAUCAUCAUUCUUUUUAACAAGCAAAAAGAGAAGAAACAAUGAUGCACAGUCGCAUAAGAAACAGCCUGUUAAACAACGUGAGGCUUUUUCGAAAUCAUAGAAGAGCCAAUUCGUCGAAUUGUCAAGUCGAAAACCGGAAACAUCCUGGCAUGGUGCAACAACCGCGGUUUACACCGGAACACCAGCAGUAGUUGGAACGAGCUUUUGACAUCUCCUGUUCGACAUAAAACAUGUAUUGUAUUGUUUUUUCGUAUCGUUUUCUGAAAUUUAGAACACGCACUUUUGUUGGUUCGACCGGUUUCGCAACUGGUCUCCCGACUAAGUAGAAAAAAACUUUUAAAUUGACCGAAAUAAAAGUAAAAGUAUUGAAAUUUGAAUCAUAUAAAAACAACCAAUAUUCGGUUUGGUUCCAAAUAUAAAUUUUGAUUUGCUAAACAUAAAAGAGUUCGUGUUCCCGAAAGUUGAAAAAACCAAAACUAAAAGAAUAACCAUUCAUAAAUGAUCAUGUGAAUCAGCAAAAGUAGUAGAGGAAAAUGUUACAGUAAGGUACAGCAUAAUCUUGAGAGAAAAGAUAGAGAUUACUCAAAAGGUAAAGUUUUAAUUUAGUGUUCACGUUGUAGGACGGCCGCGACAAGCGAGAAGAUGUGAUCUUUCUCGGCGUAGUCGAUUUGUGGUUUCCUUUUUCUUUUCGAGCUGUAAUAUCGUUCGUGUUAUUUUUGUUUGUUUUGUGUUUGCUUUACCGGAUAGUCACGAGCAAGAUAUUUUUAGUAUUUGAAACAGGCGCACUAAUCGCGUAUCGUUUUUUUUAUUUUAAAACUUGCUUUUUCACACAUACACUAUAUUGCGUAGACACAAACAUUAUAAUACUUACAAAAAACACUAAGAAUACCAGAAAAGUGUAGGCGAAAAAUUAUGGCAUUUUGUAUCGAUGUGUUUUCAACCAUAGAAAUAUCAUUUUAACAAAUAUCUAACCCCCUCUUUCAAUCUACAAGUAAUAUUCACUGAAGAAAACAAAACGAGGCAAGGCAUUGCAGAGUCUUGAAAAAAACAUCAACAAUUGAUAUUGUGGACAGCAUAAGUAGAAAGCACGAAAAUAUUAAAAUACGGAGUGAAGUAAGAUGAUGAUUAAGAAGAAACCGUUACAUAAAACAUGCUAUAAUCAGUAAGGAAUGAUAACAUAAACUACUUAAAUAAGGAAGAAAAAUGUACUAGUAAUAAAGAAAAAAUCACGUUUGUUUGCUCCAAGACAACAUAACAAAAUGAUAAAAAAUCAGAAGAAGUAUACUAGAGGCAACGCGGAGAGAACUUCCAACACAAAAUUAAUACCCCUUCAAAGAGACAUUCGCUAACCAUUCUGCCAAAAGAAAAUCAGAUACCAGCAAAGCAGAACAAUAAAACAGAAAGUUGCUAUCAUUGGUUCAUAAAAAUUACAAAAAAUGGAUUAAAUCUGCAAAAAAAUUGAAAAAAUUAAA